AUGGAUCAUGUGCAGGUGGAAGUACCGAUUCAUGAGCAUUUGAUGAGACCUUUGAGAGAUGGGAGGAUGGGUGACUGUUGUGGAAUCAAAUUCGAAACUAUAAGUGAUGGCUACUAUUGCACUGAAUGUGAUUACUUCUCCCACAAGGCAUGCAGCAGCCCUGCUAAAGAGAUCAAAUACCAUUCUCACAAGUGCAACAUCACUCUUGUUCUUACAAGCAGCAAUACUUCUAGAAAAGAAUUGAAAUGUGAUUUUUGUCAAGAGAAGAUCAUGGAUGGUAUCAAAUUUUACUAUUGUCGCUCUUGUUGUCUAAGAUUCCAUUUGGAUUGUGUCAAAUACCCGCCACCGCACGUCAUUGAUGUUCCUCAGAACCAUGACCAUAAACUCAACCUAGAGUGAGGCCACGACUUCACAUGCGCUGCUUGUGGAAAAGAUGGUGAUGGAUACUCUUACAAUUGUUACGAGUGUUUUAUGACAUUCCAUGCGAGUUGUAGAAAGUAUGCUGCAGAGGUAACACACCCUUCCCACUCCUUACAUUCUCUAAAACUCUUUAACGGUGAACCACCCGCUCAUUCCAAUGGGAAAUGUCGUUUGUGUGGAAAAGGGAUUGUUGACGAAGCUUUUUACCAUUGUUCCUCAUGUAACUUUACCUUAGAUUUACGUUGUGUUCUGAACCCACCACAACUGUAUCUUCGAGACCUAAACAUCCAUGACCAUAGGCUUACCCUUAUGCCAAAAAAGAUCUCUUUCACUUGCACCACUUGUGGGCUGACUGGAGAUCGAAGCCCAUAUGUCUGUCUUCCAUGCGAUUUCACUUCCCACAAUGACUGCUCUGGAUUCCCAUGGGUCAUAAACAUCAACCGUCAUGAUCACCGCGUUUCUCGAGUUUCUCUUCUUGGUGUUGUGGAUUCUGUAUGUGGAGUUUGUCAAAAGAAAACAGAUUGGACUUGUGGGGGUUACUCUUGUCAGAGAUGUCCCAAAUCUGUGUUUCAUACCAAAUGUGCGACUAGAAAAGAUGUAUCUGACGGAGAAGAGAUGAAAGGCAAACCUGAAGAGGAUGAACCUAUUGAACCAUUCGAGGUGAUAGAUGAAGACGUAAUACGACAUUUCUGCCAUGAUAAGCAUAACCUUGUACUUGACAAUCAUGGUUACUCUGUUGAAGGGAAGAUUUGCUCGGCAUGUGCUUAUCCUAUCUAUGACCCUCCCUUCUACGAAUGUAUGCUAUGUAAUUUUCAGCUCCACGAGAGUUGUGCUAACUUGCCUACACGGAAACGGCAUAUGGUAAGCAAUAAGCCGUAUAUUCUAUCUCAAGUUCGUUACAAUUGUUCAAAAUGUGAGGCAUGUGGGGUAUGUUUCAAUGGCUUCAAAUACUACUCUGGUGAACAUGUAUUAGACGCGCAAUGUGCUUCAGUUUCCGAGCCCUUUGUACAUCAAAGUCAUCCUCAUCCCUUAUUUUACACAUCACCACGAGGAGUCUGCAGUGCAUGUAACGAAGAUGCAUCUCAUGUGCUCAGAUGCGUUGAAGAUAGUUGUGAGUACGUGUUGGAUUUCAAGUGUGUUCGAUUACCAUAUGUGGUGAAGCAUAGAGUCGACGAUCACUUUCUGUCAUUAUGUUACGGUGAAAAGCAGAGUAGUGGUAAAUACUGGUGUGACAUCUGUGAGAAAGAAACAGAUCCAAGAAAAUGGUUUUACACGUGUAAUGAUUGUGGGACAGCUUUGCAUAUCGAUUGUGUGCUCGGAGAUUUCCGAGGUCUCGAGCCAGAAAGAGACGUGACAGAGGUUCUCAUUGAAGCCAUACGUUCUAUGACAGUUCGCAACAAUAGUAUGUCUCGACCACUAUGCAACCAAUGUAAGUGUCGUUGCAUAUCUCCUGUCAUCUUGAAAGUCUUCGCUGGCUAUUAUUUAGAUGAAAUUCCUAGUGUCUAUUAUUAUUGCUCUAUGAAAUGCUUUGACAAAAAGUACCUCGGUACUCACAGGUAUACACUUAGUGCCUUCUUGCUUUAAAGAUCCUAAAUUUUUUGUAAUAUUUCGGAAUGCAUUGUAAU